GAAAUACAAACCGCGAUUACAAAUGGCGUCAUUGUGAGUUGUCCUUUUCGCACAGAAUUUUCUCGUUUUAACGUUAUCAAAACAACAAAUACUGUUUACCAAACUCCCAAAAUGGUAUGGUACGGCAUAUUAUAGCAUACAAAUUUAUAUUUUGUGCGCUUUUAAACAAAACUGUCUAGACAAUGGCUUCAACUGGGCGAGGCAUAUUUGUCCCAAUAAUUCUGGGCAUGUGUGAUAUCUUUUAUAAGUGUAAUAAUAUUGUGUUCUAGAGUUAGUGCGUUAGAUUUGAUAAUUUAAAAUGGACAAGAAAAAUAAGAAGAAAACUGUGAUUAAACGAAAAAGUGAUGAUCCGGUGGAAAGUGAGAAAAAACCAAAGAUAAUGGUGAACCGCGCGAAAAUUGAAGAUGACAAGGAGAAGGUGGAAGUUGUGAAUCAGGUUGUCGAGGUGCCUGUAGAACAGGGUCAGCAGAUCGUCCAUACGGGGCAAUUGGUUGAAGGGAAUUUUGAGCAACCGGUAUUUGUAAACAUGAAGGGGGAACCAAUCCAAUUGGGGCCUAAUACAGUGAUAUUAUACGAACAGAGCGGAAACCCCUCCAAUUUUGCAUUCGGGGGAAUGUGGUCCAUGGAUUCUUCUGGACGGAUUGUUAUGGCAGACACUAUUUACGACGUCAAGGGAGAGCCAGAAGAGGAAGGCAGCUCUUUUGUUCAGAGUGCGAACGAUGUCAACAACCAACAUGUAGAGGAGUCUAGCAACACAUACCAACAGUUUGAGUUAAACAGCAAUAGCCAAGUUGAUGGUCCUCAGGAGUAUGAGGUGGCGAUCAUUGAGAACCCAGAAGAUACCAGCGGGAGGUCAGAUUCUCAAGUAAUAAUGACCGAAACUCAGCUAGUGGGCACCGGCGCGAAUGCCGUGCGCUGGCUAAACCAGAAGUUCGACUUUGUUGUGAGGAAACUGCAAUUGAACUAUGAUGCCGGUGUUAAGCUGCUCCACUCCCCGUCAGGGUGUAUUCAGUGUGUAUACUUUACAACGCCAAAUAUGCAGAUGGCCUUCAAUGCAGUACCACAAUUCCUUUGUAUUGAGACAGGUAUAGAGUUCAACACGUCAAUCCCAAUGGUGGGUGGGACCGGCAGUCCCAGCAUAAAGCACAAUGUCACACUGUUUUUAGCCGAAGAUGGAAAUGGGAAAUCUGUUAUUGUCAGUGGUGGUAUAUCAACAUUAAUAGGCGACGAUCUAACUUGGCUGUUGGACACAUUCAAGUCGUGCAACCCCGCGUGGAGACAGGUGCGGUGCGUUGUGUGCGACCCCACCAAGAAUCAGCAGGCGGUGAGCGCGGCGUUCCCCGCGGCGCACACGUCGUGCUCCGUGUGGCAGGCGGCGCGCGCGCUCGGCCGGCUCGCGGCGGCCGGCGCGCGCCAGGACGGCGGCGCCGCGCUCGCGCCGCACGACGUCGCCGCGCGCGCCAAGACCUACGCGCUCGCGCUGCUGCGCGGCGACCACACGCCCGCGCAGCUGCAGGUGUUGAAGCGUGGCAUAAUCGGCACCGGAGCGGGCACGCUGCGGCUGUGGGAGCUGCUCACGCGGCCCGGCGAGGCCGUGGCCAAGUUCGACUCGUGGCUCGAGCAAGACAACUAUACUAAUAUACUGCACAAGGGUCUGGAGCGUUUGGUCGGCAAGUUCAACAGCGUGAUACGCAACUACAUGCAGCCGGACGAUUUCGUGUCCCUCUUCUUCAACGUCGCCAAUCAGCUGGAGGAAGAGAGACGGACGUUCUCGCUCAACAGAUUGCGGGAGACGGAGUCAUUAAAGUUAUCGCCCACGGACACGAUAACGCAGUACGCGUACAAUCUGAUGAGCCAUCAGACCAAGUUGGCGCAGAAGUGUCUCGACGAUAGAGCCGGCAGAAGGCACAGCAGCGCGGCGAUCUGCAAGUACGGCACGUCGACGCAGGAGUGCUCGUGCCUCUUCAGCAAGGUGUACCGGCUGCCGUGCCGCCACAUACUCAUGCUCACCACUGAGCUCAAGGUGAAAACUCACAUACCGUUCGAGCCGCGCUGGACGGUGCAACACUGUCUGUUCGGCUGCGAGAACACGACCAACACGCCCAGUACUACCACCGCAAGCACAGGGUACAUGGAACAGGUUGUGGUGGAGGCGGAAGGCUCUAGAACGACUCUGCAGCAGCCUCAACAGAUACAUCCGGUGGGCGGUGUGAGACAACAGCAAUAUGUAUUAGCGACGCCCGGUCAGACGGCGACCCCUGUAUCGCAGGUGAUAUUCUGCGGCAGUAGCGUCGGCGGCGUCGGGGGCGUCGGUGGCGCGCCCGUCAUCACCUCCGUGCUGCCCGCCGGCGGCGCUGUGCUCACGCCGCACCACGUGCACCAGUGAGCGGCCACCGCCCGAGGCAGUGCAGUGAAGAGGGGAGUGCGGGGAGAGAGGAGAGAGGAGGAGGGAUUUAGUGCAUCAGUGUAGUGUGGGGGAUGCUAUAGUGUGAUAGUGUGAGGACGGAGCGAUGUAGUUGUGUUGGGAAUAGAAAGGAGGUAAAGGCGAGCAGACAGCAAGAAAGUGACAGUUAAGGACAGAAAAGUGAAACCUGUGACUUUAGGUUAACAGUGGAGAUGCAUUACAUUGUACUCUAUGCAAUAGUCCAUCUAGAAAUUGAGCAAACAGCUACACUAACGAAUUUUAGAGAGACGAUUGUAUAGAAACAAACAGAACAAUGAUACAAUACAAUGUGAAAAAUGAAAAAUAUAAAUAAAAAGACUUGGGCACAUUAUCCACCAAUUGUGAUGAUUAUUAUGAUCAAGAUGAGCUAAGAUUGUUACUUGGACAUCCAAAAAAAAAUGUGACAAUGUUGUUUGUGACGUGAACUUACUGGUGACUAAGAAUGUACAUAUUGAUAAAUAGAUUAGUGAAAUAAUGGGAGACAAAAGUCGUUAAAUUUAACAUAAUAAAAGUCAUAUUUGACACUGUUUGCCCAAAACCCAUUCUCACUAUUAAUCUAUUGAGACAUAAAAGCAUAAUAUUUGUAAAGCAAAUCUUACACUAUGUAUUGCUUAUGUGUUCAAAGGACGGGCUCUUUUCAAAGCCUGUAUAACUUUGAACUGCCAUCUAAAAUGACAAUGAAACUAUCCAAGAGAGGAGCUGUCUAAUAUUUUGUUAAAGUUGUUUUUAUUAGUUAAAUUUUUUCCCUGUUAUACACCGUGACAAGUUGUGUGGCGUUGGCGAAUAAAUUUGACGCCGCUUAAAGAAUUUUGAAUGCCAUAAAAUUUGGCACGGGUUAUAGCAAAGAAGACUUGUAAAUAUAUAGUUAAUAACUGUAGAUCAAGCGAUUUAGAAGUUUUUGUAAGGCAGUAGAGGCAAUUUUGUUACUCAAUAUGAAUUUAUAAGCAUUCUACUGAAAGUGAAUAAUAUAUAACAAUAACAUUAAAUUAAAAUUAAAUAAAACCCCCGACCCCAUUUUGUAAUGUUGACAUAGUGAAUUGUAUUUUACUAGUCAACCCUUCUCACUUGAUGCCUGUACUGAGGUAGAGUGUUGAAAAUAUAUAAUCUGACAUUUUGUACGGGCCGCCAUCUUUGACCGAUUUCAUCAUUAAAAAAUCAUUAAAAAAAUCCAAGAGCGACAUGUAGAACUGACAUUAAAUUGAAAAAA